AAGCUUCUGGUGGAGGAGGUGUUAGUUUUUCAUUAUCAGAAGAACAACGAGAUUUUCAAGAGCUAGCAAAAAAAUUUGCUACUGAAGAAAUUAUUCCAAAAGCAGCUCAUCAUGACCAAACUGGCGAAUAUCCCGUAGAUAUAAUCAAAAAAGCUUGGGAACUUGGGUUAGCAAAUACCCAUAUUCCACAAGAAUUUGGUGGACUUGAACUCGGGGUAUUUAAUUCCAGUCUCAUCACCGAGGAGUUAGCUGUUGGUUGUACAGGUAUCCAAACAGCUCUUGAAGCCAAUAAUUUAGCCGAGGCGCCACUUAUCGUUGCAGGAAACAAAGAUCAAAAUAAAAAAUAUUUAGGUAGAAUGACAGAAGAACCUUUGAUGGCUGCUUAUUGUGUCACAGAGCCCGGUGCAGGUUCAGACGUUGCAGGAAUAGCAACUAAGGCUAUAAAGAAAGGGAAUGAUUGGGUUAUUAAUGGACAAAAAAUGUGGAUAACAAACGGUGGAAAAGCAAAUUGGUAUUUUGUUUUAGCACGUACCGAGUUUUCGGAGAAAAGAGCUGGUAAAGCUUUCACUGGAUUCAUUGUGGAUGCUAAUACACCUGGAAUAACGGUUGGUAGAAAAGAAAUUAAUUUAGGGCAACGUGCUAGUGAUACUAGAGGAAUUUCCUUUGAAGAAGUUGUUGUGCCUUCAGAAAAUGUUCUCGGAUCUCCAGGUGAUGGAUUUAAGAUUGCUAUGUCAGCAUUUGAUAUCACGAGGCCAUUAAUUGCAGCUGGAGCUGUAGGAUUAGCUCGUCGUGCUUUGGAGGAAGCAACUAAAUAUGCUCAUGAAAGAAAAACCAUGAAUAAAUUAAUAAUUGAACAUCAAGCUGUGGCAUUUAUGUUAGCUGACACUGCAAUAGGGAUAGAAGCUUCCCGUAAUAUGGUUUGGAAGUCUAGUUGGAUUCAUGAUCAAGGUGGAAAAAAUACAUAUUAUGCCUCAAUUGCCAAAGCAGUAUAUGUAGCCGUCAAUGCAGCAAGUAUGGCUGUUCAAGUUUUUGGUGGAAAUGAAUACCCCGUAGAAAAAUUAUAUCGUGAUUGUAAAAUAUUUCAAAUAUAUGAAGGAACAUCACAGAUUCAACGUUUAAUUAUUUCUAGACAUUUAUCAGAUCUUAUAAUGAACAACUGA